AUGCCGUCCGAACGCGCCUCAUCCUCAAGAUCCGCGAAGUCCCAUCGCAAGAAAAAUAUCAUCUUCAUUCAUCCAGAUCUUGGAAUUGGCGGUGCCGAACGGCUCAUUCUCGAUGCCGCCCUAGCGCUCCAGUCGCGUGGCCACCGCGUAACGAUAUACACCUCUCACCGGGACCCAAUGCAUUGCUUUGAAGAGGCCCGAGAUGGAACGCUGGAUGUUAGGGUUGGAGGGAACACGGUGUUUCCAGCACAUGUUGGAGGCAGACUGCAUGUACUGAUGGCGGUGUUGAGGCAGCUACAUUUGGUGAUGGGAUUAGUACUAGAAAGGAGGAGGAAGAGGGAAGUGGGUGGUGCGGGUAGAACAAAUGGCGACCAGAUGAUUGCUGAAGAAGACGACGCGGAGGAUGAUGUGUUUGUCGUCGACCAGGUUCCCGCUUGCGUUCCGCUGUUAAGACUUUUCGGGUCGGAAGUGUUACGUGGCUCGAGACGGCGAGGACGAGAUCGGAUAUUGUUUUAUUGUCACUUCCCAGAUCAGCUGCUCGCGAGGAGAGAUGAAGGGGGUCGGGUGAUUAGGCUUGUUAAAGGCUUAUAUCGAUGGCCGUUCGACUGGUUCGAGGGUUGGGCGAUGAGUGCGGCGGACAAAGUGGUCGCGAAUUCGAGGUUUACAUCUCAGGUGGUUAGAGAAGUCUUCGGCGAGAGACUGAGGGCUGUGAAGGUGUUGUAUCCUUGCGUUGACACGUCACAAAAGGCGCUCAAGAUCGGCGGUGGGCAGACAUCGUCCGCGGAAGAGCCACUUUGGGGAGGAUUGAAGGUUAUACUCAGCAUCAAUCGGUUUGAGAGAAAGAAGAAUAUUGAAUUGGCUAUAAGAGCGUAUCACGGCCUUGGAAAACAGCACAGGAGAGGAACAAGAUUGGUUAUUGCUGGUGGAUACGACAACCGGGUUCAAGAAAAUGUCCAAUACCACAGGGAACUCGACUCCCUAGCGACCAAUCUCGGCCUGGAGACUGCUACGUCGAAAACGGUUGUAUCAGCGCUCUCCAUUCCGGCAUCCAUAAAUGUCCUUUUCCUUCUCUCCGUUCCGUCAGCGUUCAAGCAAACUCUACUUUCGUCCUCGACGCUGCUACUCUAUACACCUUCACAUGAACAUUUUGGAAUCGUUCCAGUCGAAGCUAUGCAUGCUGGACUCCCGCUACUGGCUGUGAACACGGGUGGGCCACUGGAAACCAUUCUGGACGGUAAAACUGGAUGGUUGCGGGAUGCAAGUUCUGUCGAAGAGUGGUCCAGAGUAAUUAAACAGGUCCUGUGGGACAUGAAUUCGGAACAACUUGAAGAAAUGGGAAAAAUGGGCCAGGAACGAGUGGAGAAGAACUUUUCUCUCUGUGCAAUGGGAGAUCGUUUGGAAGAAGAGAUUGAUGGAAUGGUCAGCUCAGCGAGACCCCCGUUUCUGAGAGUACACCAGGUUAUACUCUGGGUUGCCAUAGCCGGUCUGGCUGUUUCCUUUCUCAUUAGGAUAGGGCUUGGUUUCUGUGUCGAAAGGUGAUGGGCGGUCGGUAUCUUACAAUAAAUCUAGUCACCCCAUAUUCUCUCACUUGAGUUCAGUGUCCUCACCGACUGGGCACCUCGAGCUCCUGUGGAGCUGGAGACGUGGGCUGUUUGAAGGUGGUGCAGUCGCGGUAAUAGCACUGUGUCUAGGGGUACUGCCUGUGACGAACUCCCCAGUGAUCUGCUGAUUUGAGCGGUUGUGGCAACUUGUUUCCACAAAAUUACCGAGCCUGUUCAGAGAUCAUUGGAUCGACUUUGGCUUAACUUGGACUGCUGGGCGAAUGCUGGUUCCGAGAAUUAUGGCCGAGAUAUGAGUAUUCUCUGCUUGCGUUGCAUUGCCGACAUCUUUCCAACUAAGCUGGCAGAAAUGUGCCACCAAGUUCGAGGGCCCAAUGAAAUCAGGGGCUGGGUUUCCUACAUCUGUUCCCACCAAGCUCUGGAAUGAGAGCCUUGGAAAUGAGUGGAAGCUGUCUUUUCUUUCCCCGGUUGCUAAACCCCUGGGGUGAUUAUCCGCUUCAUUUGACGGUUAUAUGCGAUAGCUAGCCCGUUGGCCUUCAAAAACUUCACCGCGUUGGGAGCUCACCUGAUAAAUUAUGUUGCUUCGUGAGCUAAACCACCCGUUACGCCAUCGACCGUUCGGCGUGUGGAACCCAGCGAAGCACUGAUCCACACGGUACUUGCUGGGGGCGAGAGCCCUGCAUGGCGAGGGAGCCCGUGCUUCUGGAGAUGGCAUAAGCUGACAAAAUACCCAA